ACGUACAUAAAUGCACAAUAUGUAAGCUUCUCCACCUCCAUCCUCCCCGUCAUAAAUACAUGUAUCUCAUCCAUGCCAAUUUUAUUCAGUCGAAAAGUCGUCAUAAAAGACAUCUGAGAAUAUCUACCACUACAAAAAACUGCUUCUUUCUCUUCAAUCAUUGACGCAAACAUACCUAAACACUCAACAAGUUGAGCAUGUCUGUGUGACGGACAUUGUCUUCAAACGUUUAUUCUUCCAUUCCAUUGUGAAAAUCUAGAAUAAUUACCACAUUUGACUUUAGAAGGCAUAACCGGAUUAUACUAAUUACGGAAAAUGAACCUCUUAAAAUUCAGUACGUGCCAAAUUUUCCAGUUUCCAUUAAUUCUCAUUUCUCUAAUCUCUUUGUGCCAUGGAAGCAAGUUGGGUGAUGAUCUUGAAAGAGAGGGUGUCAUAAUCAAUACUACAACAACCUCUGUACCUGAAAAAGUAACAAUUCCACCAGAAAUUGAGCCGACCAAGUCCACAAUUCCAUUCUGGAGCACUUGGUAUAAGACUUAUAAGCCUUCCUAUGUAAAUCCAAAGCCUGCAGAAAGUGAUUCCACAAUCGACAAUUCCCUUAAGAAUAAAGAUAUCAACUUUGAUUUUGAUAAUAUACUCAACACCAAAUACCAGCUAAACUAUUCCUAUCUUUUUCCAAACGACAAUAAUUACAAUUUCAAGUAUAACGACGACACUGGAACCAACUAUAACUACAACUACAAAAAUUAUGACUCAACUCCGACCUAUAGCAGCACACGAGUGACGUAUUAUCCGAUAGGAUUUGUAGUUUUUUUCAUAGUCGUGCUUUGCAAGUUUGGCGCACGGCUAUGUGCAGAAGGUUCCGGGGUGCCCAGGUCAGCUGCAACGACGACGUCACCUUCGCAUCAUUAUAACCGCCAACCCACGCUAGUCACAGCAACCACAGUCAAUGGGGGCACUGUUCCAGUCUUCAUUACUGCGUCAAGUUCACGAACUAUUUUAAUUCCGUUGGGUGAAGAUAACCGAGAAGGCGACACUUCUCCCAGUGCUGAUGUCGCUAAUGCGGCGGAAACCACUUCCGGUGACAACAACAAGCCACCCGCGUACUGGGAGACUUUUCUUGACGACGAUGACGACAAACCACCGCCAUCGUACGACGACGCUGCCAAGAAGGAGGCAUUGGUGCAAAUUGUGUAAUCAAUUUUGUUACAUGACAAAUUAUUAAGGAUGGUGCGUGAGUUUUUACAUAGUCAUUUACACUUGUACAGACUAACUUUGUUAUCAAUUGUGGAUCUGAAUUUAGGCACAAGUAUGAAUUUUGUUAUAUGACAAAUAAUUAAGGAUGGCGCAUGAGUUUUUAUAUAGUCAUUUACGUAUUAAACUCUGUUAUCAAGUAUGGAUCAGAAUUUAGGCACAAGUACUCUUUUAUAUUCGCUUAUUUAAAUUAUUUUGAAUUAUAGAUAUUUAAAUGUUCCAAUAAUCUUCGGUAAAAGUAAAGUUGGCAUACUUAUGGCAUGAGUACAUAUGUAUGUAUGCAAGUCAAAAUCUCGUUAUAAAUAGGCUAACCUAGCCACGACAAAUCGUAAUGUAUUAAAGAAACAUGAAUGUAUUAA